AUGUCGAUGGGCAAUUCUUAUCGUGAUCAAUUUCAUUUUUCUGGCGGCCAGAUCUCGCCCUCAUUUUCCAAUAUAUCAGCCAAUAAUGGCGGCCUCUUCACAAUAAACAAAACCAGUAUAAGCGCCAUACUCCAAGACGUCGUUCUAUCCAUAAUCAGCUAUCAACCAAAUAACUGGACAACGGGGGUAAAUCAAACACGCAAUGAGAUCCGCAAUAUCUACACCUUUUCGCGCCCACUCAACCUAUAUCUCCCAUACGGCUUAGUGCUCCUGGGCAGUCUCUGCGCCAUGAGUUUUGGCUUUAACGCUUUAAGAUCGAACGGUGUCCCCGCCACAGAUGGCGGAUUUCAAUUUUUCACCACUGUCCGGACAAGUGAUGCUGCCGAUAGAAUUGCGCGGGGCGGAUGUUUGGACGAGGAGGAGAAUGUUUCCACGGCGCUGAAAGAUCUAAAGAUACAAUUCGGCGAGCUAGUUGAGACGAUAAACGAUUCAGAAAUGGUGGCAGUGCUUUCGACGGCUGGAUUUGGGAUUGGGCAUGAAGUUCAACCUCUGAAGAGGGAACGAAUUUACGGGAGCCUAUGA